AUGGCUGAGGCAGUUGUUUCCUUUGUGCUCCAAAGUGUUAGAGACUUCACAACUCAGGAAGCCAAGUUCUUGUGUGGAGUCAGCCAACAAGUUGAGGUUGCACAAACUGAGCUACAAUUGAUGCAAAGCUUCCUCAAAGAUGCAGAUCGAAGACAAGUAGACGAUGCAAGUGUACGCAUUUGGGUUGCCAAAAUUAGAGAUGCUGCUUAUGAUUUGGAAGAUGUUAUUCAAACUUAUGGCUUGAAAGUUGCUACCAAGAAUAAAGGAGGCAUGAAGAAUGUUCUGAAAAGAUUUGGUUCCAUCUUUAAGCAGUGGGUUGAUCUUCACAAGAUUGGGGCAGAAAUUGAGAACAUCACUUUCAAAAUUUCUAAUUUGAGGUCGAGUUUGCAAAGCUAUAACAUUAUAAGGGAAACAAAAGAGAUUGGAGGUGCAUCUUCCUUGCAAUCAUUUGAGAGACAACAACAACUGAGGCGAACUUAUUCUCAUGUUAUUGAACGUGUUGUUGUUGGGAUAAAAGACAAUGUAAAGGAAAUAGUCACAUAUUUGGUGAAGGAAGAAAAUUGCCUCCGAGUUGUUUCUAUUUGGGGUAUGGGAGGUUCGGGGAAAACCACUCUUGCAAAACAGAUUUAUCAUCACGAAGAAGUUAGGUGUCAUUUCAAAAGUUUUGCUUGGGUCUGUAUAUCUCAACAGUAUCAAGUAAGAGACGUUUGGGAAGGCAUUUUAAUUAAACUCAUCUCUGCCACCAAGGAACAGAGAGAAGAAAUUGCAAAAAUGAGGGAUUAUGAAAUAGCCAAGAAGCUUUUUCUUGUCCAGCGAGAAAGGAGAUGUUUGGUGAUACUUGAUGACAUUUGGAGCAUCGAGACAUUUAAUUCUUUGAAAGCUGCAUUUCCAUUAUAUGAGGAAACACAAAGCAGAGUUUUACUUACAACACGAAAUGAAGCAGUGGCUUUGCAUGUAGAUAGAAAUGGUUUUCUCCACCAACCCCAGGCACUGAAGGAAAAUGACAGUUGGGAGCUAUUUGAGAAGAUAGCAAUAUCUGGAAGGAUUGGUGAAGAUUCUGGAGUUUACAAAAAGAUGAAAGAACUAGGAAUUGAGAUGCUUCGACACUGUGCAGGUUUGCCAUUAGCUAUUAUUGUGCUUGCUGGAGUUCUAGCUAGAAAAAACAAUGUUAAAGAGUGGGAGACAGUGCAUGAGAAUGUUCAUGAAUACAUUAGGAGAGGCAAAUUUUAUGAACAAGAAUAUGAAGGUGCAUCAUGGGUGUUGGCAUUGAGUUAUGAUGACUUGCCGUAUCACUUGAAACCAUGUUUUUUAUAUUUAGGCCAUUAUCCUGAAGACCAUGAAAUUUCAGUGAGUGCAUUGACUAAGUUAUGGGUGGCAGAAGGUCUUAUCUCGUUGAGACCACAAAUACAUGGUUUCGGAGAAACAAUGGAGGAUAUAGCGCGCAAGUGCUUAAGUGAAUUGGUGGAAAGGUGUGUGGUUCAAGUGGGAAGAAAUGGUUCAACAGGGACAAUUAAAACUUGUCGGAUCCAUGACCUUAUACGUGACUUGUGUUUGAUAAAGGCAGAAGAGGAAAGCUUUCUCCAGAUUGGCCAUUCUUUGCAUGAAAAUGAGUCAACUAGUAUGUUUACUUCUUCUAUGGUAGCCAAGGCAACGCCAUUGGGGAAAGUUCGAAGACUUGCAAUUUACUUGGAUGAGAAUGCUGAUAGGUUGGUUUCAUCAAGAGGUGAAACAAGUGGCCACUUGAGGUCUCUACUAUACUAUGACUUAAGAGAAUGGAGGCCAACAAGUAAAAAAUUAUUACUAUCUCCAUUGACGGGUUUCAAAGUGCUUAGAGUUUUGAAGCUUGAAGGUGUAAAUGAAAAAGUAGAAGUAGUAGAGUUGCCAAGUGAAAUUGGAAAUAUGGUACACUUGAGGUUUCUAAGUGUGAGGUCUAGCAAUAUAAAUACGUUUCCAUCAUCCUUGGGUAAUUUGAUAUGCUUGCAAACUCUUGAUUUCCGUGUUAAAAAUGACCUCAAUAUCCCAAAUGUGAUAUGGAAGAUGAAAGAAUUAAGACAUUUAUAUUUACCCAUGUUUUACAGAGCAAGUGUUGAAUUGAAGCUGUCUACUCUCGGCCAUUUACAAACCUUAGAUUUUCUUUCAUCCAAGUAUUGUGAUUUGAAAGAUGUUAUUGGAUUAACCAAUAUUAGAAAACUGAACAUACGACUAUCAAGCUCCUUCGAAAAUCUGGACGAAAUAUUGAAAUCUACAGGCAGCACGCUUAACCGUAUCCGGUCUCUAUUUGUGGACAUUGAUUAUGCAAGGAAGAGUAGCUAUGAGGAGCAGAUUAGGCAAAUAGUAUCAAUCUGUCCGCGUAUAUACAAACUGAAGCUGUUUGGGCCAACCCCAGAAUUACCGAAAGAGCUCUGCAACUAUGCAAACCUCACCAAGUUAGAGUUGAGAAGCUGUGGUCUCAAGGACGACCAAAUGGGAAUACUAGAGAAGUUGCCACACUUAACAACUCUGCGCCUUCAAGGAAGAAACACUUUUGAGGAAAAUACAAAGAUACUGGUUUUCUCCAAAGGAGGCUUUCUUUGUCUUGAAUUUCUUUCCGUUUUUGACAUUCCAGAAAUAACAGAGUGGAGGGUAGAGGAAGGAGCCAUGCCUAGUCUCUGCCGAUUGCGCAUUGGAUUUCCCUGUGGAUUGACAGCACUUCCAGAUGGGCUAAGAUAUCUUACGAAUCUCAGGAAAUUAAGCAUUUUCGGGAUGCUUAGAGAAUUCCACAGUAGGAUUCAGGAAGAUGGAGAGGAUUUCAGUAAAAUUCAGCAUGUACCUUCCCUUGUAAUUGGAGAACCGUAUGACCCACCGAUACAAUGAAAAGGGAUUUGACUUUGAGAAAGUAUGUCGAAGCUCUGCAGCAGGGGGAGCAUGUGGUAAGCUGAACUUAUGAGGAGAAAAUCAAGAGGAGCAAAGAUGUGGUCAAGUAGUUCAAGGUUGAAGCAAUCUUUUCGUCAGAUUGUAUAAUACUUUGCAAGGGAUUUUGCUUGGUUUUGCUGUGAUAGUUUUUAUUUAUAUACUAUGUUGUGAUAGAGGCUUGUUUCUUUGUUUGUGUUUAUGCAACCAUCAGUUUUGAAAGCAGAGUUAAACUGCAGCUAAUUAAAAAGGUUUCCCUAAUUAUAUUUUGGAGGGAUUAUUGCAUUCUAAGAGCAGCUGCGUGUAAAUGCUGAGCUGCUGAGUUAAAAGUGCUUCAUAACAAUUGAAUAAGAUUCCUA